AUAAACCCUAACCCUAUAAUCCUCUUCCUCUCUCAUGGCUUCUUCUAAGUAUCUGCUGCUUUUGUUUGCUUUCUUGGCAACCAUUCAAUUCAUCUCCUUUGAAGUGGUUUCAGCUAGGGAUCUAGCACAACAAACUGUGGGAAAAGAAAGCAAAGCAAUAGAAGAUGAGGAGACGUUGCCUGAAGGAUAUGAUACUCCACCAAGCCACAACUAUGGAAAAAGAUACAGCUUGGAUCACCAUGGUGAGAAGUACUUCGGAGACUUCCCCGGCGGCUACGGUGAACCUGGCUACUUCGGUGGCAUACCGGGGUGGAAUGGCUAUGUCGGCGGCAUCCCAAAGUGGUUUGGUGGUGGUGGCUAUAUUGGAGGCUAUGGUGGUGGUGGUUAUGGUGGUGGCUAUGGCGGCGGUGGUCUUGGUUACCCUUAACCAUUAUAUAACACAAAUAUGAAGCUAUAUACUUAUUCUAUCUAUCUAUUGAUCUAUCUAUCUAUCUAUCUAUGAUGUUAAGAAGGACUAUUAAUUAUAUAUAUAUGAUUGUGAACCCUUAUAUAUAAGGAUUACACUUAUGUUGAUAUGCAUAUAUAUAUAUAUAUAUAUAUGUAUAUGUAUGCGUGCUUAUGAUGUUUGAUGUCUUCAUUGUACUCGUGUUCAUGUAUCUGCUUAUAAUAAA